AUGUGUAUGGCUCGGGAAAGCCGCACGAAAGCCGCACGAAACAACAGGAGCAGCGCUUGGCACAAGAAAGACUUCUCGCAGUGCCGAGCUCGGUCAAAGUUGCCAAAGGACCAGAAGCGAAUGGAGGAGGAGAACCGUCGACGUGCAGAGGAGUUGGCAAGGCAGCGCGCAGAAGAAGAGCGUCGCAAGCGUGAGGAAGAGGAGCGACGACGGCAGGAGGAAGAGCGCCGCCGGGAGGAGGAGCGGAGAGCAAAGGAAGAACUCGGAAAGAAGACCAGCGGCCUGAUGCCGGGUCCCAAUUUUCAUGAUGUAUGGCCGGACGUGAUCAGCGAAGAUGGGGCUGUCACGAGUCUGGCCUCCUUUCAAGCAGUGGUGGCGGUGGCGGUGGAGGGGGCCUGUUUGGAGAUGAAGAACCCAAGCGGGCCAGCAAGGGCGGCCUUUUCGACGAUUA